AUACCUCUCCUGGAAACUUGUUGCGAUACUGCACUCACCGAAACAGCUAACAGUUAGCUAGCUAGUUAGCAGCCGGUCAGUAUCCAACAGCAGCCGUAGCGCAGAGAAACUCGUUCUCCGUCCACAUACAAAUGACAGGGACACUAUACUUACAGAUAUGCGCCUGGACGUUAACUGACAUUUGGCUAGUUGUUCCUGUCUUUUUUUGCCAACGCUCUGUGAAGCUAUCUCUGAUCUGAAAAGCGCUGCAACUUAGCUAGCUAACUCUCGGCUAUGGAUCACGAUCGCCAGAAACGAAGAGAGGAAAUUCAGAAAGCCAUGAGCUUUAUCCAGUCAUCAUUGCCUUUCCCAGAGCCAGAGAGUUAUGAGGCAUUUCUGACCCAGUUGGUGUGUAACUUACUGGAUGAGGGCAAUUCUUGCUUUAGAGAUGGAGACUGUCGUCAGGCGACCCAGCAGUACGGGGAGGGAAUCAGCGUUGCCCGCUACGCUCAGGCUGAGGCCCUCGUCAUCCCCCACGAGCUGCUCGAGAGCCUAUAUGUCAACCGGGCCGCUGCCUGCUACCAGACGAGGGAGUACGAGCGUGGCGUUCAGGACUGUGAAAGUGCACUGUGUGUGUCAGAAGGCAGUCGCAGAGCUUUGUACCGCAAAGCGAUCUGCCUGAGAGAGUUGGGACGACUCCGGGAGGCCUACGAGUGUGGAACCAAAUGUCUCCUCACUGCACCACACGACAGGCAGGUGAGUGACCUAGCUCAGGAUCUGGCCAAUAAACUAGGCCUGAAGGGCCGUAAGGCUUAUGUCAGCCCACAGACGGAGUCCACAGCCACAGAAGGGGAGAGUCAUGGGGAGACUUCCCCACCCACAGGAGAGAUGUCCUCCAAUGGGCUGGAAUCCCUGGGGGACAUGGGACAAGCUGACGUGUCCAAUGCGCAGUGCAUCCCUGCUCCUUUGGCCACACCCAUCCCGGUCAGUGAUGACCCGGCGACGCCUGUGACUCCAUGCACCGACUUGUCAGAGAGCCCCAGCAGCCAGGGCCUGCCUCCCAUGCCGUACUCCGUCCCUGUGUCGGAGCACAUGGAUGAAUGCAACAGUGUCCUCAAGGAUGAGUUAGACAGUCUGCUGGAGUGCAUUCCCAAGAAAGUGAGUGAGAGUCCAGUCCAGGGUGCUAUCCCCACCAACCUCCCCAACACGGCGGUGGGUCUUCGGCCUCCGUACUCCGCCAACCUUCCAGCCCCGUCAUCCCAGCUUCACCCAGCCUUCUUCGGCUCCUCCAUCAGUGACAUGCCCGCUUUGGAGCCCUACUCGCCACUGGCCCAGCGGGACCAGGGCUCCACCCAGGCGCAGGACGCCCUGGGAGGCUUCACCACAGGGGUCACGGAUGGAGAAGGAAAGGCAGGAGUCGCCACUGGCGGGCUGGACUCAUUGUCUGAGUACACUCUCCCUGGGGGACGAGUGUGCCACAGCUUCAUCCCUGGAAUGCGCAACCACAGUGCUGUACAUGCAAAUGGUCCAGCAGGAACCAACCUGUCUCUGCUCUCCAGGAAUCCUCUGGCAGCCACACAUGAGUUUCGGCAGGCCUGUCAUGCCUGUUACAGCCGAAUAGGUCCACGAGUGAUGGACUACAAGUAUCAGCCGGAGGCAGCACACCGCUGCAAAAGGGAUGUGCUGCUGUGCCGCCUCAAAAACACAGAUGACCCCACUUGGAAGAGGAUCCGGCCACGGCCUGCACGGAACAAUUUCCUGGGGGCAUUUGUACUCUGUAAAGAGGUGCAGGAGCGUCAGGAGUGCCAGUAUGGGGAGAACUGUACGUUUGCUUACUGCCAGGAGGAGAUUGACGUGUGGACCCAGGAGAGGAAGGGCGCACUGAGCCGAGAGCUGCUGUUCGAUCCGCUGGGCAGCACAGAGAGACGGGCGCUUAGCGUCACCAGACUGCUGCAGCUCCACAUGGGCAUGUUCAUGUUCCUCUGUGAGGAAUGUUUUGACAGCAAGCCUCGCAUCAUUAGCAAGCGCAGCAAAGAAAACUUAGCAGUCUGCUCAAACCUCACAGCUCGACACCCGUUCGACGACAACAAGUGCCUGGUGCACGUGGUGAGGUCAGCCAACGUGCGCUACAGUAAGGUGCGUCCCCUGCACCCUCUCUGCCAGUUUGACGUGUGUCGCCACGAGGUUCGCUACGGCUGCCAGCGGGAGGACAGCUGCUCCUUUGCUCACUCCGUCAUAGAGCUCAAAUGCUGGGUCCUGCAGCAGGAUACUGGUAUCACCCACGAAGAGAUGGUGCAGGAGUCCAAGAGGCACUGGCAAAGGCUGGAGCAGAACGCACAGAAGCAGCAGAAGCCUAUCCAUGUCCCCCAUCCGAGCAGCAGCAUACACGCAGGAGGAGUAGGGGGAAUGGGAGGUGGGGGCGGAGGAGUAGGGGGAGAUGGCAUCAGUGGGGGUGGUGUGGGCCCAGUGGGUGGAUUGGGGGUGGGAGGGUUAGGAGCAGGGGUGGGAAGAGGGCGUCCCCUCAACCUGAAAAUGAAGUUUGUGUGCGGCCAGUGCUGGAGAGAAGGACAGGUCAACGAGCCCGACAAGAACCUCAAGUACUGCACUGCCAAAGCACGGCAUAGCUGGACAAAGGAGCGUCGAGUCCUGCUGGUGAAAUCAUUUGAGAAGAAGAAGUGGGUAGUUGUUCGGCCUCUGCCCUUCUCCCGCACGUAUCCACAGCAAUAUGACAUGUGUGUGCAUGUGAUGAAGCAGAAGAAGUGCCACUAUAUUGGGAACUGCUCAUUUGCUCACAGUCUGGAGGAGAGGGAUGUUUGGACAUACAUGAAGAACAACAGCUUGAGAGACAUGCAACAGAUGUACGAACUGUGGCUGCAGCUGACCAAUCAGAGUAGACGUACGGAUAGCUCUACUGUGACCCCGCCCCCAGAGGACAAGCAGGUCACCAUAACAGCAGAUUACACAGAAAGCAUGGGAGGCCGGCGGUUGUCAGAUGGGGAUAAUCUCUGAGUGUUGCUGCGGUGACUAGAGGCAGCUGAUCGCCGCUGAGCUGCAGACAGAGAGACAGGCCUGCCACACCAGCUACAACUAAACAGUCUGUCAUCUCGCCAGUCUGACCUCCUCUAACAUCUUUCCAGCUGUGUGAGAGCACUAGGACACCCAGCCCCAUAUAUAUAUUUAUAUAUAUAUAUACACCCACACACACACAAACAUUUCAGCACAGCACAUGAUACACAAAUCACAGGCACCGCUUAACACGAAGAGAGAGCUUUGUAAGUGAAAAUACAGGACUGGGCUUUAGUGUUACCUGCAGUUACACUCUUUAGCAGAUUAUACCGCAGAAAUUCCACAGACAACUAGUUUUGCUCUGACUAAAAUGAUCAACUAGUAUUCCCUAGUGCUCUUUGGACUGUAUAUCCGUGUUCACCAGGCACCACUUUUGUUUGUUAGUUUUCUUUUUUCGAAACCACAAGCACUGAAACAAUUCAUGGGUGGGCGCGCUGGUCGCAGCUCUUAAAUUUAGCUCGGUGAUAAUUUAAAACAGAAUUAAAGCCCGGUACUCCUACGCUUAAAGUUGUAAUUUUAACUUUGGAGUGUCAAGUCCACAGUGCUGUUGAUGGCAAUGGAGACUAAAGAAACAAAGUAUUGUUUAAAAAAC